AUGGCCGGCAAGAAGUGCGUCGAGAUGCUCUCCAACCUCUACAAGGGCUAUGGCCAAACGAAGAGCUUUAUGAAAACGGCUGGCGCGAUGCGCGUCAUCUCCGCCGACCAAGGCAAGGUGAAGAUCGAAUUUGACGUCAGCGACGAAAUGACGAACGCUUUUGGCACCCUCCAUGCAACAAACACUGCUCUACGGACGCUCGGACGUGACGACGGUGUCUCUGUAGAUCUGCACGUCAGUUUCCUCGGAAGCGCUAACGUUGGCGAGACAAUCGUGAUGGACGUGGAAGUGCUGAAAGCGGGUCAAUCGAUGGCAUUCAGCCGGGCGGACUUGUAUGUGAAAGAAACCGGGAAGAAAGUGGCCACUGGCAAUCACACGAAAUCGCUAUCCAAAAACAAGUUG